AGGUGGAAACGACUGACUGAAAGAGUUUUAUUUGUAGGAUGAGCUUGUUGUCGCGGUUUAUCCCGAGACGAUUUGCCGCUUCAUCAGCAUCUGCGUUAACGAAGCCGAAACGUUUCUACAAGAUUGUCGAUGUGGUCAGUGAGGAAUCGCAAGGGAAAAAGUUCUACAAGGUGACAUUAGAUGGUCGUAUGCUGAAAACACAGGGGGGCAAUGUGUUGAAGAUCGAAUCAGAGCCGCUGGCGCUGGCAAUAGCGGAGGAAUGGGCUUCACAAGAACAAAAUAUUCAUAUGACGCAUAUGAGACUGACAGGACUGGCUUUCACAGCGUAUGAUAAUCCACUAAAAUUGACGAGGGAAUCAAUAACUGCGAAAAUUCUCGAAUACUUACAUGGUGACACGGUGUUGUUCUGGAACAAUGAAAGUGAAAAAUUGAGCAGAUAUCAAGAACAGUAUUGGAGGCCUGUAAUAGACAUUGCUAACAAAGGACUAGGAACAUCAUUGAAACCGACAACGGAACCAUUUGCCAUUUCUGUUGUAUCUCCUUCUGACGAGCGAAUCGUGGAGAAAUGGCUUCUUUCUCACAAUUUUUGGGCUUUGACUGGUAUGCAAUACGCCGUUGAAUCAGUGAAGAGCGUCCUGCUACCGUAUUCGGUAAUAACGUUUAAAUUGCAAGCUGAAGACGCUGUACAUCGUGCUAUGUUGGAGCAGAGGACACAGGCAGAGACAUGGGGUUCGGUUGAAUGGGCUCAUGGAGUGGAAGAGGAGGAAUUGACCACACGGUUGGCUGCCGCUGCCCUUUUCGUCUAUUUCAACAGCAAUGCUGUCACGAAGAAGACUUUGUAGUUUGCAUUGAUCUGUAGAACAAGUGAGUAUUAUACAUAGUCCCGAAGAUAUGCAUGUAUUUUUGCAUGUAGGCAAUGCUCGAACCCGGGUGCAAUUUUUGUAGAAUAGUUUUCUACUCUGAUGAGAAGUUGUUUAUAUGCACAAAUCUGUUAUGCUGUUAUUACUCUGCACGAUGAUAUGCAAUGUUGAGUAAAUGUGUCUG